GCAGCAGUAAGGACGUGUGACGAGUGUUUACAGUGUGUGCUCGAAGUAUGGUGGUGAUUAAGUGAUGUUCCGUGUGUGAUGGAGGGAAGAGGACCUGUUGCUGAAGCACAGCAGUAGCUGCUAUUUUAUAUCCUCUUGUGACCUGUGAUCUUAGUGGAAAUGGGUAGCUCCCAGAGCACAAAAAGCGAGCCUGCUCCUUCUGAGGGGUUCGCUAACAAACCGCACAAUGUCCGCUCAAGCAUUCGUACGAAACAACCGAUGCCUGAUGCCAAUGAGCUGGAAAGAAGAUUCACCAAAGUGCUGUUGCCUUGUCAGUCUGUGGAACAUGGCAUUCUUGACCACAAGCAUUCUGUGCCGCCAUAG